AUGUCUGCGCCAGCCACGUCGGAUCCGGUUCAACAAAGUGGAACCGCAUCUAAGUCGCAGAAGAAGAAGAACAAGAAGAAGGCGGCCGCCAAUGCGAACAAGGCGGACGAGGCCGGAAAAGCAAAUGGCGGCCACGCAAAGACGGCGGCAGACGACCAUGAAGACGAUUCCGAGGAGGAGCACGAGGAGGAGCAGCAUAAGCCCGCCGCCCAUGCUGCAGACCCAGACGCCGACGAUGUAGACGACGAGCAGCCGCCGCUGUCCCCGACGAUACACACAAACGGUACUCCACACCACAGCAUUUCUUCUGCCAUUGCUCUGGGACUAGCACGCUCACGCUCGCAUCAAGGCCUCUCUCCAUCCCCGCCGCCUACCUCAGACACCAGCGCCCGCCUCGAUGCGAUAGCAAAGGAGCGCGAUGCGCUACGCCAUGAAGUCACGGAGCUGCGCAAGAGUCUGGAGGGCUUCCAGAGCAAGCAGGGCACGGGCGCAGCCGACGGAUCAGAGGCCCACUACGAGGAGGAGAUUCGAAGCUUGAGAGAGGAGCUGGACGAGGCGAACGAGGGCAAGGAGCACUUUGAGACGCAGUACAAGAACCUGCUCGGCAGGGUCAACACGAUCAAGACAAGUCUGGGUGACCGACUCAAGGCUGAUGCCGCCCGCAUUGAAGAGUUCGAGUCGCAAGUCGCCGAGCUCGAAGAACAGAACCGCGAACUACAGGAACAUAACAACACCCUUACAGAAGAGCUUGCAAAGCUACGGCAAGAAAAGGACGCACAGGCAUCAGAGAUUGAAACGCUGCGCAGCCGGGCCACACUGUCGCAACAAAACUGGAUCAAAGAGCGCGAUGAGCUCAUCUCUCGCGAGGCAUAUGCCAAGGAGGAAUUUGAGAAUGCAAAACAGGCCAUGCAGGACUGGGAGGUGCUGGCCAUGAACGAGCGAUCAUUACGCGAGAACAUUGCCGAGAAGGAGGCGGAACUACGAGAGCAGCUCGAGUCGAUGAGAGACGAGUAUGAAAAGGCUGCUAGGGACAGAGACACCAACAGCCAGGCUGUAGAAGGCCUGCAAAAGGCGCUGCAGGAGGUGCAAAACUUGCGAAAAGCCGAGCUCAAAAAGUCUGUCGAGACGUACGAAUCGCAGAUCAACGAGCUCCGCAAACAGGUGCAGGCGGCAGAAUCUGCUGCAAAUAGCGCCAAAGCAACACUCGAGUCGACGCAAAAAGAGCUUGAGCGAGCGCUGCCCUUUGAAAAGGAAGUCAAAGAGAAGAACCUGCUCAUUGGCAAGCUGCGGCACGAGGCAGUCACGCUGAACGAGCAUCUCACCAAAGCGCUGCGCAUCUUGAAGAAGGGGAGGCCAGAGGACAAUGUCGACCGGCAAAUCAUCACGAAUUACUUUUUGCAUUUUCUGAGCAUAGACCGUAGCGACCCCAAGAAGUUUGAGGCGCUGCAAUUGAUUUCUGCUCUAUUAGGAUGGACAGAUGAGCAAAAAGAACAGGCGGGUCUCGCGCGUCCAGGCACAGCAACCAGCGCGGCCAACCUCCGCAUCCCGCUUUCACCUUUCCGGCGAACGCCGUCGACGCCGUCACUAGGCUCGGCAGUAAACGACCCCAUGCUCAUGGCCAGCAGCUCGAGUAACAAGGAGUCGCUGGCUGAGCUAUGGCAGGACUUUCUCGAGCGCGAGGCGGCAGAGGGCAAGGGCGGUGCUUCGAGAAGAGAAAGCACUGUAAGUCAGCCAUCGCGGGUAGAGAGUGGGCUCGGAAUCAGCGAGAGGAAGUAG